AUGCUAACUAUACUAGACAUCCAGAAGAAAGCUGAUGAUUUGUUAGAUGAAGAGAGCGAUGUGGACGAGGCAUAUACCAGCAAAGAUAACAAGCUGUUGUGUUCAACAACAGUGGUUCUAGAUGACAGUGACAUUGAACAUAUAGAUGACGCUGAUCCUGCAGACAUUUUACCCCCAGUUCUUCCUCCUAAAGAGAAAGAAUCUACACCUAGUCCUGAUUCUAGUGAUGAAGAUGGGGGAAAUGAGGGCAGUGGUGAUGAGGACCACAAUGAUGGAGAUGGAGAUGUAUCUAUGAAGAGCACAGGUGUUAGCAGGAGAACCAAUGGGCUCAUUCAGGUCAAGGAGGAGCCCCAAGAAGAUAAAGGAGAAUGUAUUUGUAGGAAACAAAUUCAUAAAGGUGAUACUAAACUACUGACCACUUUGACUUCCUUGAAGAAGGACGGCUGCGGACCCUUAGUCGAUCUUGCUCACCAGCUACUCCACAUCAAGGUUGCAUUAGUGAGCGCCUUUCCAGGGCCUUCAGUGGAUGUGCAGGACGCCUUUGCAUGGGACUACAUCAAGGAAGCAGUCAAGAUUCCAGACUCUCCCCUGAAGCCAAUAGCACUGGCUUAUGUGUGGUCUGGUGCUAGUCAGUUGAGAGGGGAGCUGGUUAAAAAGGCAAGAGAGAAUGUGAUUUUUCUAUUGCAGCAAAUGAAACCUAGGGAUAUUGCGGACUUAACUUCCUGGCUGGUCUCUGCUAAAAAGGAUCCCUUUCUGUGCGGUGAAUUGGAUCUCAAGAACAAGACCUUCAAUAAGAAUCUCCCAUUCUGUGCUGCUAUGUUGCAUCAGCUGCUCAUCAGUCAAUUUUUUCAAGGAGCUAUAUCAGAAGGUCUGCUGUACAAAGACAAGUUUGAAAAACUCCCUGAUAAUCUUAUUGCGCUGCUUGCUACAGCUGCUGAAUGUGGAUUCAAGGGCAUGCUCUCAGGAACUCCAGUUGUCAUAGAAUUCAAAGAGCCAGUCUUUCAACCAAGACCCCAGUACUAUAUGCUGAAGCUCGCUGAAUAUCGCUAA